UCACAAUCCAGUCCUCGAGCUCAGCUCAGCUCAGCUCAACGCACGCAACCACGCGCCGCGCCGCCCCGCCCCGCCCCGCCCAUGGCGACCAAGCAGAUGCAGAGCCGCCGCCUCCUCCUCCUCGCCGCCGCCUGCCUCCUCCUCGACUCCGCCGCCGCCGUCACCGACGUCGAGUACUGCAAUAAGGGCAAGAGCUACCCGGUGAAGGUGAGCGGCGUGGAGAUCGUGCCCGAUCCGGUCGCCCGCGGCGAGCCCGCGACCUUCAAGAUCUCCGCUUCCACGGAUCAAACUAUUGGUAAAGGGAAGUUGGUUAUUGAUGUGAAAUAUUUCUUCUUCUAUGUCCAUUCUGAAACUCGUGAGCUUUGUGAUGUGACUUCCUGCCCGGCAAGCGGUGACUUCAUGGUGUCUCAUCAACAGACCCUGCCAUCAUUCACUCCACCAGGCUCUUACACCAUCACCAUGAAGAUGCUGGGCGAUAACGACGAGGAACUGAGCUGCAUCUCAUUCGGUUUCAGCAUCGGUUUCGCUGCGUCAGAAGCCACCAUCUGAAUGCGUCCUAGCUGAAGCACCCAGAAGGCAGAAAUAGCACCGCCAUGGAUGUAAUUACAAAGCACCUAUGUAUCUAUCUUAGAUCACUGAACUCAAUACUACCACGCACACCUGCCAAGUGCCAACACACUGUGUUCAACUAAGACGUUUUAUCCAGAGUUGAGCACCCAAUAAAAACAUCACUAGUGUACUUAACUCUCUCUUUGGCAAUCUUUGGCUGUGGAAAUGUGUUAGCAU